AUGACGAUGGAUGAACGUGCCGCUGUUGAGCGAGAAAUUAAACAAAAGUACGGCGCUGAGUGUAAAACCACGCAAAUACAAGGAUCACGUUCUACUCCAAUAACAACAACCACAAAAAAAAAAGACAAUGUUAAAAUGGAAAAAAUUAAACCAAGUAUAUUUCAGCAAUUUUUAGAAUGCGUCAAUAGUGACUCUUACCCCAGCGCAAUCACGUCAUUAGCAGAAGAGUUAAAAGAUUAUAAAGCAUUAGCAUUAAAAUACUCAUUAAAUGAAGAACUUGGGAAAAAACCAUUAUUGUUUUGGAAAUUAAACGAAACUGUCACAAAAGAAGUACCACGAGGAACAAUCAUUGAUCCUCCAUUGUUCUUAGUUUAUAAAGAUGAUCUACCAAACGUGAAUCAAGAAGAAUGGAAUGAAGCAACAAAGAAAUAUCCAGAAUUAUUACAAGAUAGUGAUAUUACAUAUGAAAAACAUUCAGCAUUAGCAGCAAUUAACAUAGUUGGUGAUCUGUAUAUGGAUAAUUCAUUAGUUACAAAAUUAGAAAAGUUAGCUUCGGAAUAUGGUGUAAAAGUUUUAUAUGGGCCGAAGUAUCAUUGUGAAUUAAAUCCUAUAGAGAGGUUUUUACUACCUCGCUGA